GCUCGCAGGAGGGGAAUGUGGGUGGCUGACAAGAACCCAGCAAGGUCGCCCGGGCGCGGCCUUGUCGGAGUGGCGCAAGCGCCCCGGAAGUGUCGCGCGGGGACGCCCCAGCCUCCUCGCCUUGCCUCUCGCUCUCUGUCCCUCCUCCCUCGUGGCGGACGGCGCAUGCGCUCCUGCAGGAGGCGGCGGGAUGGCGGCGGGGAUUUCGGGUCGGGGUCGCGGCUGGACCCCGCAGCGCUCAUGGAGCAAGUCAAAGGACAGAUCGCCGUGGCCAACGCCCAGGAGCUGCUGCAGGACAACUGCGUGUUCGUGCGCAACGCAGACCAGCGCAACGUGGACCAGGACAACUUUGGCGACGCCUGUGACAACUGCCGCAACGUGAAGAACAACGACCAGCGUGACAGUGACAAGGACGGGCAGGGGGACCUGUGCGACGACGACAUGGACGGAGACAGGGUUACAAACAACAGGGACAACUGCGUCAGGAUUCCCAACCCGGACCAGAAGGACAGCGACGGUGUCGGAGACGUGUGUGACAGCUGCCCCUUGGUCAGCAACCCAGACCAGAAAGACACUGACCACGACCUCAUCGGUGACCUGUGUGACACCAACCAAGACCAAGAUGGCGAUGGGCACCAGGACUCCAGGGACAUCUGCCAAACUGUGCCCAACAGCUCCCAGGUGGACUCUGACAGGGAUGGACUUGGCGACGAAUGCGAUGAGGACGACAAUAAUGAUGGCAUCCCGGAUCAGAGGCCCUCCGGCCCUGACAACUGCCGCCUGGUCCCUAAUCCCGGGCAGGAAGAUGCAGACAGGUACACGGCAUUUAACGGGGUGGACUUUGAGGGCACCUUCCACGUGAACACGGCCACAGACGACGACUACGCGGGGUUCAUCUUCGGCUACCAGGACAGCGCCAGCUUCUACGUGGUCAUGUGGAAACAGAUGGAACAAACCUACUGGCAGGCGAACCCCUUCAGAGCGGUGGCGGAGCCUGGGAUUCAGCUCAAGACGGUGAAGUCAAAGACUAGGCCCGGGGAAUUCCUCUGCAACUCCCUCUGGCACACGGGGGACACCGCGGACCAGGUCAAGCUGCUGUGGAAAGACCCCCGCAACGUCGGCUGGAAAGACAAGACCUCCUACCGCUGGUUCUUGCAGCACCGCCCCCAGGUGGGCUAUAUCCGAGCUCGCUUCUAUGAGGGGUCUGAGCUGGUGGCAGACACAGGCGUGGUCCUUGACACAACGAUGCGCGGUGGCCGCCUUGGCGUCUUCUGCUUCUCUCAGGAGAACAUCAUCUGGGCAAAUCUGCGGUACCGCUGCAAUGACACUAUUCCCGUGGACUACGAGUCUUACCGCAGCCAGCAAGACUAAGUGCCACCGCCCCCGCCUCGAAAGGCUACUCAGCACGCUGCUUUUCACAAUAUAUCAAACGACAAACUACGCCUCUCGCAGCAGUUGCCUUUGGGGCAGCCUUCCCCAACCUCUCCAGUAACUGUCCUCCGAAGCCUCCUUGGAAUCACUCGAUGGCUCUGGGCUUGGAAAACGUGCCCCGUUUCCAGUCAUUCCAGAGGAGGCGCUUGAGAACAUGGAGAAGGAAAAGCCAAGUCAAAAACAAGGAAAUAAGUAGCCAAAGACUCCAGCAAGACCAAAGGGCUCACCUACAGAGGGAGGCUGUUUCCUUCCGUCCUGCCUCUACUGGGGGGUGGUGGUUUUUUUGCAUCAGGCCUGAUGUCAAGAUGCAACAGGAAGGGGGGCCUAGCCCUCCUCUCUUUCACUCUCAAAGAAAGAAUGAACUGUGCCUCCAAUUUUGACUACUGAGUUAAUUAUGUCUGGCCCACUCAAGAACCCAUCAGUGUCCUGCAAAAAAAAGAAAAGAGCACUGCCUUUUGCAAGCAGAAAGCCCCCAGCAUCUCGAGUUAAAAAUGAGCAGGGAGCAGGUAAUAUGAAAGAGCUUCUCUGCCCAAGAUUCUGGAGAGUUCCUGCCAGUCAGAGCACAACAGCCAUAUGGCAGGCUUCGUAUGCUAACACAGCACCUUACACCUAGUCGCAUGUUAAUUCCUCCAGCUAAGGAAUUAAAACGCUCACCUUCUUGGGGGGACAGACACAAAGAAAACCCUUUUUUUAAAAAAAAAUGUAUAGAAAAUUUGGAGAAUUAAAUCACUUUGCCUACUG